UGUGUCCGUUGACCAACUAAAGCUUUCACUCGCUCGGGUUAAACCCGGCAACGAAGAGAUGAAAACGAGAUCAUCAUCCUCCGGUGACCUGGUUCCGGCGGGUAACAGUCGCGAAUCCCAGCUACACAUCGUGGACCCCACUUCAUCUCCCCGGAAAUCUUUGCAUGGUUUGAAUCUGCCUCGACCAUCGUCUCGUAGAAGCAAAGGCGGUGUCGACGAUACGGAUCGUCGCAGCUAUGCCUCCAAGGGUUUCCAUUUGCCUAAAGGAUGGACCGUUGAGGAGUUUCCUAGGAGAAACUCCUACCAUAUUGAUAAGUUUUAUGUUGAGCGAAAAACAGGAAAGCGGUUCCGUUCCCUUGUCUCCGUUGAGAGAUACUUGAAGGAAUCAGGGAACCGUAAAGAUCAGCAGCAGCUUGUGCUUUUACACCAUCAGCGUGCCCCUUCCAAAGAUUUCAAUCUACCUGAUGGAUGGUUCGUUGAUGAGAAACCCCGGAGACAUUCCGGUCGAAUAGACAGGGCUUACAUUGAGCCAGGAACAGGGAAGAAGUUCCGUUCUCUGCCUGCUGUUGAGACAUACUUGAACGGUACAGUUGACUCGGUUGAUUCCGGGCAGCUUUCGAUUUUGGCGGACACGAACGGUAUCGGAUUUGAGAGCGUGGAUAUUGACCCAAACCCACCAGAGAAAGUUAAAUGGGUACUGACCGGUCCAGGAGGAAACAUGUUUAGUGCGCAUGUUAGCGGCUCCGACGUCUCUAGCUCUGUCCAACAGACAUGGUCUGAGGCUUUUCUCUCACUGAUCCAAGAACGGGUUUAACCAAUGUCUGCUUAUUCCUUGAUUGGGCUUUUUUGUCGGUUUUAUCACUUUUUGGAUUAAAUGUUAAUAAGCUAUCCCGGUUAGUAGUCUCUAGUACAAGUUGUUUCUAUUUCGGUUUA